AGACGACAAUCAGCAGACGAGACUUUCCGACCCGGCCGGCCGCCGCCUCCUCUCCGCUCGCAUCACUCGCAUCUGACAUUAGCCCGCUGUCGCCCGGAGGAGUAAGAAAGGAAGACCGUCGUCCGCCAGAACACCCAGAACACGCAACCACGCCAACAUGUCCAAGAUCGUGAAGAAGAUCAUCAACACUCCUCUGGCCGCCGCCGCUGUGGCCCCCUACAACCAGGCGGUGCUCGCCGGCAGGACUCUGUACUGCUCCGGAGUGCUGGGCAUCGACAAGGACACCAAGCAGCUGGUGCCGGGCGGCACCGUGGCCCAGGCGCGACAGGCCUUCGUCAACCUCAAGCACACCCUCGAGGCGGGAGGCUCCUCCUUCGAGAAAGUUGUGAAGAUGACGGUGCUGCUCCAGAGCUUGGACGACUUCAAGGACGUCAACGAAGUCUACACCGAGUAUUUCAAAAAGCCAUACCCAGCCAGAACAGCCUACCAAGUUGGAAAACUGCCAUUGGGAGCCGCCAUUGAGAUGGAGGCGAUCGCUUUGGUCGGAGAGGUGGAGACCGUCGAAUAAACAAGUUAUAUUACCUCGCCUUUGCCCCGUCUCUGCAGUCUUACCGUCGUACCUAUAUAUCUACCAGUCUGUACCAUAACCUGAUAAACACCAAAUAUACGUUGUUUUAUAUUUUUAAUAAAACUCCGCAAUAUUUUAUUUUCACUCCGAAA